AUGGCAAUUGUCACACCUAUCGUCACAAAGUAUAUAUUCGCGCCGUUGUUUCGCAAGUACAUCGAAUAUCACUUCGCGCGAUACGACCACAUCUCCAACCUUGUCCUCAUGAUACUCGUCCUGUGUGCCUUCAUCUCCAUCGCCGCAUACGCCGGGACAUCCGUACUUUUCGGGGCUUUCCUCGCAGGAACCUUCCUCACAUACAUCCCGAGCAAGCACCCAGAGGCGCCGUUCGUAGUCACGAGUCGCGAGGAGGGCGAGCGAGAGGCGCACAAGUCUCCGACGUUCGUGCAUACCUUCGAGCGAUACCUGGUUGACGUGCAGAAGUAUCUGAUGGAGCCGCUGUUCUUCGCGAGUGUAGGGUUUGCGAUUCCGUUUGUGCAACUUUGGACGGGCAUGAGGAUUUGGCGUGGAGUGUUGUUUACUCUGCUGAUGGUCUUUGCAAAGUUCAUUGUUGGGAUAUGGGUCAUCAUUUGGCAAGCACUUUUUAACUCAAAGGGCCGGAAGCAACUGUCGCGCGGCCAAAAGAAAACUCAACGUAAACAACCACAGGACGAGGAAUCGCAUACCCACGAGGCUACCACAAAUUCCAGGGACAACGAUGUGUCCCAGACAGGGUCCUCCGAGAAGCAGCCUCCCUCACAGCUCAAAUUGUCUCACAAAUCCACCCGCACAGUCUGGCUCUCCGGCCUCCUGCUCGGCUCUGCGAUGGUCGCGCGCGGGGAAAUCGGCCUCUUGAUAAUCGAGAUCGGAUACAAUGAGACCUCAUACGUCACGGAGGACGGGUUCAUCACAGGCGUGUGGGCGAUUCUGCUUAAUACGAUCAUCGGGCCUGUUAGCGUAGGGUUGCUCGUCAAGGCAUACGGAAAGCGGAUCGGGGAAGGUGAAUGGGGGUUGCAGAAGGCUGAGGGUGGGAGGGGUGCCGACAACAAUGGUCACCACACAGAGGGUGGUGAAUCUGCUGCUUGA